CCAAAGUGACCCCAACCAUUGCCAUUUAAUUUAGUUGUGUGCACCCUUUAUUAACGUGUUUUUUGUGGCGACCGGUAGCUGAUAUUUCAGUGAUUAAAAGAAAAUGACGAGGACGGACAUUACUUUCAAAUCUGAAAAUGCGAAAGGAGAUUGCCCCGGUGUUCUUCAAGGAACGGGUCAGAAUAGAACAAAAGGACUGAUAGUCUUACAGGAAUGGUGGGGAAUGAAUGAUCAGAUCAAACAGGAAGCAGAAGAAAUUGGUGAGAUGGGAAAGUUUGUUACAUUGGUUCCCGACCUUUAUAGGGGCAAGAUAGCAACUGACACGGAGCAAGCUGGGCACUUGAUGGGUGAACUUGAUUGGCCAGGAGCUGUCAAGGAUAUCCAAGGAGCUGCCAAAUAUUUGUUAGAAAAUGGAUGUACCAAGGUGAGAAGGAGUCUAGCUUUUACAUUGUAGUAAGCAUUGCGUCUU